AGGUAGCGACGAAGAAAAUUUCAUCAGAUUUUCAAGCGACUUAGAAAAGUUUUCUCGCUGCGUCGGUGAACGAAAACGUCGGUUACAUAAUUGUUGAAAGAGAGACGUAAAGUCGAGACGCGGUCCGACACUUGCACAGACAGAUUACAGGAUAAUCGUAAUUCGAGUCGAUCUGUGACAAUUUGUUAACCUUCCCGUUACGUACAAUUGCGCGAUACCUUCUUUCCAUUUCAAUGCAACCACGUUACGCUCGUUGAAUGAUUAAUAAGCUCGAUAAGGGAGCACAGAUGACUUCUCUCCUAGAUUUCGUAAACUCCGUUACGGAGCGAAAUUCUCGCGAAACGGAGCUCUUAAAUAACAGACCCCUUUUUAUCAUCUAAAUCAACAAUUAGCGCAAUCAUUCGAAAACGAAGCUGCUAGAAAAAUCUGCUCGUUAUCAGAACCCGUCCCACAUCGUCCCACACCGAGUACACAAAGCGAUAACGCGUACCGGAAGUGAAACGUCAGUCCCAUUGUCGCGCCGUUGUGCAGAGAGCCUAAAGAACGGAGCAUAGCAGUCCCGCUGGUCGGCAUUCGGAUCCGUCUAUCCGAGUGGUAGGCUCGUUCCAUUCCCAUCUUCGCCUCUCUCCACAGUGUCUACCUGUUGCUCGACCGACGAAGGCUAUUCCUUCUACCUGUUUCCCCGUUGUCUCCGAACGCGUGUAUCAGUGCGUCUACUCGCGUGCAACAGGCUUCUACUCGAAUCGAAACGCGCCGCCGCGCCGAUUCGAUAGAAAAAGGUUUCGGCAAGUUUGCGACAUAUCCAAGGAAAUAAUCGAGACUGUUCCUUGCCUUGCACAAGUUUGUUUUCCAUGAAACGACGAUCAGCCAUUGGAAUAAUAGUGAUCUCGAGCACGCAAUUGAAGCUCGUUGCUCGAAUCAAUUGCUUCCUGCCAGCCUUUCCAACAACCAUCGAUUACAUGCAUUUGCUUCGACACUCCGUCGUGCACGAAUCGAUCGUUGAAAUUGCAUUUUUAACGGGCCGUUUCUUGGAUCUCGCUGAGUAAUCGAUUUCAAUGAAAGUGCAAUCGGAUUGUGCGCCUUCACCUUGGGAUAUCGCCACUGUUCCGUUGGAUUUGCGCGGUGUAUAAAAGAUAUUCAAGUGGAGAUCGUCGUGGGUGUUGUUUUUCUAGUGUCAACCGGUGUUGGUUAAUCGUUCGAAGGUGGUUUUAUGGAAAUUUGAAGGGAAUCCGUCGAGGAACCAGCACGGACCUGGUGUCCCAGCUCCUGGGCAUGUUCGACGAGCUCGCCCGUAGCGGCAAUGGCUACCCCGAUCACGUAGUCCUUCCAUCGUCCUGCAACAUACCACCGGUUCUGCAGAAGCGUCUAAGCCUGGUGUCCCAUCGUGGCUCCAUAUUCGGCUCGUUCUAUCCGGAAUUAGCGAAAUCACAGCAGGAGAACGCGAUGAACGAGCAGACGGUGGCGGAUAGCAACGUGGACGUGGUGGUGGAAGAGGAUUUCGUGCUAGUUGAGAAAGAGAAUAACGCCUUCCAAACGCUGGAGACUAGUCGUAAAGAGGAACGAAACGAGUGCAACAGAAUCGAGGAGAAACCUUACAGACGGGAGAGCAAUGGACUCACGCCGCUUAGGUACAACAGACGAUGCAGGAACGCUGGAAGACCGUUGUCAGGGAGUUCAGUCGCGUCCAGCACUUCCUCCAGCGGGUGCAGUAACCAGGGGAACGCUUGCACCAGCAAUCCUUAUUUGACGUCCGUCGAGUCUCUGGCAGACACUUGUGCCAGCUCUCAAGGUUCUGGAGACAGUGGAGUAGUGACGGUAUCAGAGACCAAUUGUCGAAUAGGAAACGAUGACACUGGGCAAAGAAGAAACUGUGUGGAAGCAGGUUCACCGUGUCACAGGCCACGUUACUGUGAUCCCCAUCGAAACCCUAUGGAAAGGGUACUUUUAGAAAUAGUUGACACUGAAGCAAUAUACGUGGAACAUCUGCGACAAGUAAUUCAGGGUUACCUUAUAUAUUGGAGAAACGAUCCGGCAUCGUUCGUGCAUCAAAUGCAGCUGAGUGACUUAUUUAGUAAUAUCGAGGAUAUAUUUGAAUUCAAUAGAGAGUUCCUGAAAGAAAUUGAGAAAUGUGGUUUGGAUCCUGUUUGCGUGGCAAACACAUUUAUAAAGCAUAACUCGGGGUUCAAAGUGUACACAGAAUACUGUACCAAUUACCCAAGGACAGUUUCUGUUUUGACUGAUCUAAUGGGUCAAGAAGAGACUGCAAACGCGUUUCGAGAAAGACAAGCUGCGCUAGGACACGCCUUACCUCUUGGAUCCUUUCUUCUUAAGCCUGUUCAAAGGAUCCUUAAGUAUCAUUUACUUCUGGAGAACUUGUCGAAAGAGUACGGCGCGGAUUGUGAGUUACGAGAAAACGAGGCUGAAGGAAGCAAAGCGAUCGAGGCAGCUCUCGCUGCGAUGACUGGGAUCGCGAGGCAUAUUAACGCUAUGAAACGACGACACGAGCACGCGGUGCGUGUUCAAGAGAUUCAGUCGCUUCUGUAUGGCUGGUCUGGUCCAGAUUUAACCACGAGUGGAGAACUGGUGGCGGAAGGACGAUUCAGAAUUCGAGGAGCUAAAGCUCCUAGGCACGUUUUCUUGUUCGAUCGUAUGCUCCUGCUCACCAAGAAAAAGGAGGAUGGACUUCUAGUCUAUAAAGCUCACAUCAUGUGUUCAAACUUAAUGCUCAUUGAGAGCAUACCAGGAGAGUCUCUUAGCUUUCAUGUGAUCCCAUUUGAUAAUCCUCGACUGCAAUACACGUUGCAGGCACGAAACUUGGAGCAAAAAAGAGAAUGGACAUUGCUAAUAAAAAGGGUAAUUCUUGAAAACUAUAACGCAGAGAUACCAUUGCACGCGCGACAAUUAGUUUUACAACUUGGUCAGACACAGCCAGAAGAUGAUGCUUUAGCGGAUAGAGGAUCGGCGAAGAAGCAACACUCAGCGCCACCAGAGUAUUUAGAGAAACGUAAACAGGAAAGAGAAAGACGUAGGUCUGAAACCGGGCUUAGACAGAGAUUUAAAAAGAGUGGCAGAAAGUCUGAGACUACAACUGAGGACUCUCCAGCAUCGCCACGAAAAAAUCAAAACGACGAUUCGAAUAUUAACGAUUCUAGAGAGCAAGGUCUUAGGUCUUCGGAUGGACGCGGAUCAAAAGUCAAGGAUCGCUUUACCGGUUGGAGAAGAAAAUCGGAACCAGGUUUCCAAUCUUACGUGUGUCUCAAUCAGUCUGACGAGGAGCAAAAAGAAGAUACGUGUGACACGGGGUCAGCUACGGUCGAAACCGAGUGUGCGAUCAUUGAAAACGAUAAGCACGCAAAUUCUCCGCCGCCAGAAACCAAAGAGAACAACGAACAACAGACUCAAGCACAGACGGUCGAGGAAAUAGUUGGCCAUAUCCUCAUGCAGAACCAAGAAUUUCAAAAGCUCCUCGAGAAGCAGCGAACGAACAGUAUACUCAAUGUCAGGCAGCAGCAGCGUUUCAAUAAACGUAUCUCUGCUGAUACGUCCGAUGACAGCGACUCGGAGAACACGAAUUACAUCACCGAUAAUUCAGUUAACAACAGGAUAUCGCGUAUCCGCGCAGGCCAUCGUGAAAGGCUUGUUAAAACAAACAACACUUUGAAUUCCUUAUCCUCUACGCGAGAUCACCAGCCCACCUUGCAAUUACUUUACGAUAACUUAAACAAGACUGAGAAUAAUAAAUCAGUUGAAAGUAAUUCAAAAAACAGGAUGAAUCAUGUGCAAGAGAAGAAAGCGUUGUUCGAUGCGUUUAAAAGGCAAAGUAUCGUGACUGAAAGUAAGAUCAUCCAAACUGCGCUUAGGAUAAGGGAGAACUCAACGUCCAGGAGCGAAGAACCUGUGAAUCAUACUACUGUUCCAAACGAAACUGAAAUUCAGGUAACAGAAAAUGAUAAAGAAGUGACUAUAAAUAGUGACAACACGAACGAGGAUACCAGCCAAGCAGUUACACAAUCCAACAAAGGUUUUGGAAACUACGACAACUUGCAACACGUUUGGGAGGGUUUGCAGGAAGAGAAAGGUUUAGACGGGAACGAUAGUCCGACCCGACCAGCUGUCUGGCUGACCAAACUAUGCGAAGGACUACCUACCUCUCCUCAGAAGUGCGGCUCUCUUCCGCGCAGUUUUCAAAUUCAUCCCAAUUCCAAUCAGAACGUAAUGAAAUCACGGUUCUUGCAGAGAGAUGGUAAGCCAAUGAGCGAAAGACCUUUCACGAUAGCCUCUGAUAAACCGGCUGAGAUUAACUUGGAAGAUAUGGAGAGAUACGCUUCAGCCUGUCAACCAGAAGGAAGGAUCGCUAAAUUUCCUACAUCGGUAUCAUCAACUUCUACUUCCACCUUCUUCUGUUCCUUGGACGAUACAUUGACGGAUGCUUACUCGGAGGUUCACGUGACGUCAACGACCACCAACAUCCAUCCGGAUCACAAGAUCUACAGGCCAAACGCUAAUGGAAGCACCAUUUUUAAAAACGUCCUCUCGAAAGCUGGGAACCGUCUUCAGGGUUUAAGGAACACAAUGAGCACAGAAACCUUGGAAUGCAACGAGGAAUUAGAAAGGACCAAGUACUUUCGCUCUUUAAGUACAGGUAAGUUGAAGAAGAAGAGUAAAUUAAAACAUUCGAGGGAGUCAUCGUCGGAUGUGGAAGAGCUUGUAGGAUGUACAGCGAGGGGAUCUUCCGAUUUAAGGAUCCCUUCGCUGUAUUACAAGCAGGGAAGCUCGGGUUUAGGUGCUCGUAUCGCUCAGUCUGAUUAUGCAGACCCUUCCAUAUUGUUCUCGGAGAGUAAACGCCUUGGCCAACUCGCGAAUAAUUCCUCUGAAGCUAAUCAGGAAAAGAAGGAGGACGUGGAGGAGAGCGUGGAGAACAGGGAAAGCGAAACGGACAGCUUCUACGAGAAAUCAUUCGAAACGAUUGAAAACUACGUGGACGCUGACGUGGACGACACGUUCCGGGAUAGUGCAAUAUUUAGCGACAUCGAGGAGGUUCUGGUAGCCAGGCCUCUUUCCGGUCAACCCUCAGAGGAAUGUGCACCGUUCAAGAGCAAAGUAGCUCCGCCAAUCCCUGCUAAAAAGAGAACAGAGUCAACCACGAUGUUGAAUUCUUAUAAUGCUUCGACGAUGAAACCCAAACCAAGCGUUGCUCAAAAGCCCGAUUAUUUGAAAGUGAAGUCAGUGUUCUUAAAGGGACAACAUGAAUCAGACUGUAAAUCUCCAGUGAGAUCCCCUUUGUCCGAAGAUCCAAUAACGUAUCAGUGUUCUAAAAGCAUUUUACAGAAUAGUUGUGCGCAGAAUAAUAGUGAAGAAAAAGACGAUGUGUCGGCAGGACAGAGUCAAGCAGGCUGGGUAAGAAAGAUAGUGGGUCAAUUCCAGGGUCACGUUGAAACGUAAUUCAUACCAAUGAAACUGUACAAAUUUUAUAACUGGGACUUGAAACGCGUGAAUUCCAUGUUUGUCUAAAACUAUAAGAAAGCAUGUUCAAAGAGGUCAAGUAGUCGUUGUCCAGUUGUCCAAAGUUUUAUCUUCGAUUGAUCUCCAAAGCAAAAUCUUUGAGAUUAUAUUUUUUAUUAGUACAAGGGAAUUGUUAAAGAAUGAGCAGGAUACAUAUUAAGUAAAUUCAGAUGCUGCACUGGAAAACAUGAUAUGUACAUAAUGAGGGACUUUCCAUGAAAGUAGAUUACAAUUUUUAUAUUUCAUUCAUUUUCAGGUAUGCCAUUUUUUUGUUUUUUCUUUUUCAUUUUAUUGCUAACAUUAAUCUUUGCACGAGAUUUUCAAUAAGUUUCUCUUUAUACUAGUUGUGCCUUGUGUAAACUAUUGCCCAGAUACGAGGUUCUAGUGUUGAAAGUAUGGUACAAGAUUGAAACAAAUACUGCCAAGCGUUUUGACAUAUCAUGUAAACUAGCGGUAAAUAGAGAGACACUACAAGCGAUACUUUCAAUUAAGGUAUGUCCAUAUUUAAUCCGUGUCAUAUAUAAAUUUCAUAUUAACAAUACAGGGUAAUUAAGUCUUUUUAUAUUUAUUCAUAAAAAAAAAAAAUUUGCGAGCUUAAGUAUUUGAAUAAAACACAUUUGAAUAAAAUAUAUGUUAAAUUGUUAAUCUAAAAGUUACAAUCACCCUGUAUUGUUGCAGAGUUUUACCAAGAAAAUUUUCAUAUUUUAACAUUGUUAGUCAAGCUAUUGCAGAUGAUUAGGCAUGUCGACUGAAUAUUCUAAGCGUCGAUGUACUUUCAUUAACUCGUUAGGAUUCGAGCAAUUAUUUUUUAACGCUAAACAGGUUCGUUUGUGUAGAUCAGAAAGGCCGACUUUUAUUUUUUAUUUAUUUUUAGAACCUAACGAGUUAACUAUUUUUGUUUAAUUAUAUUAAACAAGAACGCGAUAUAUUUAAUGUUACAUAGACAAUAAUCACCUCAUGAUACUAAAUGAGUGUAUGAUUUAUUUGCAAUUACACUAAACACAAGAAUUUAGUUUUUUUGCAAUAAAUCAAUUUAAUUAUUGUCAAUACUCGUUCUCAUUUUUUGUAAUUUCUUUCAUUCGAUAAAAAUGUUACAAACAAAUUAUUAAUUGUACCUCUUGCACCAUAUUAAUACAUAUGAAAUGUAUAGAAAGGAUUCAAAAGUAACAUCCGGGGGUUUAUAUCCAAAGGUAGAUCCAAAUAUUACUUCAGGUAGGUUUUUUAUUAAGAGAAAUGUCUAUUUACAAGAGAUUUUCAGCUAGUCGUGUUUACAGAUACAAGAGUAAAUGAUAUACAAUGUCCAUCAUAAGUUAGCUACGCAAUACUGUAUGUAUAUAUAUAAAAUGAAACAAAAAUGACUAAAAGAUGAGAAAAGCUCGGAGAACUAAAAAAAAAAAAAAA